UGUAAUAGGUUUUCAUGCCCAAUAAGGUUGCCCCAUAAGUACAUUGACCGACUUUGUAUAAAACCGAAGAUUUCUCUAGGGUUUCAGUAAUCAAGCGCGACAGAGAAAAUGUGUAUAUGUGAGUGAGAAAGGAUCUGUUACCGGCGGAGACGUGGAAGAACUGAAAAUGGAUGAAUUGAACGAAGAUUAAGUGUUAUCAAAUGUUCCGUACGGGGAAUAAGGGAAACUCGAGAACGAUUGAUUUUUUCGAAGCCAAAAUGAGAGCUGCGCUCGCACACGCCGUGAAAGUUGGGCAACGCACAUGUAAAUGUUGAUGUAUCGCCGCUUGAUUUGCCUGCUGUACUUAAUCCGGAUUGCUAUUUUCUGUGUUUCUACAUGUCUUAUGGGAAUAAUUAUAUGUGAAAGUUAAGUACUUUCAUUUUUUUUUCAAAAAAUGAAAGUAUUAACUUAACCAACUUCACUACUGGUAUAUUUUCUAUCAUCUUCUUCUUUUGACAAUGUAUUUCCAUCAGAAUGUGCAAUAUUAUAUGAUAUCAUCGUACUUGAUUCUGCUUGCUUCCGAUUAAGUUGUUGCUUCAUAAUACCUUUAGCAAAUAAUUUGUAAAUAUUUCUUUGCUGCCUUUGUCUUAGCUUGUUCUUUUGUCUAGAGUUCAGCUUAACAGCACUACUGCUUCCCGCAAUCCCCAUAAAGUUUUAGCGGAGUUUUUGUUUAUAAUUACCAUGUCUUGUGUCUGUGUGUUCAAUGUUGUAUUAUUUUUCUUUCUAUUUUUCCUCUUUCUCUUUUUUGAUGCAUCGUUAUCAAGUUCAGUACUGUCAUUGGUUGCUUUUGUGUCCUCUACUCCUUUUGAGACUGUAUGUGCAUCAAAAUUUGAAAUAAUAUCGGAGAUCACCAUGUUAUACAUAGACCACAUAGACCUGUAUUCUAUUUUUUUUUCUAUUUCUCCGUAUUCUAUUCCAUUUUGGUCUUUGAUUAUUAUUAUUUUUUUUAUUUAGUCAGCUUGUCAGCACCGUUAUUUUAUUUUCCAUACUUGAAGACUCGUGAACAUUAGAUGACAUGAUUACCUCCAUUUCGAGUUAGAGUUCUGAUGGAGCAAAAAUCCUACAGAAAAAGUGAUAAAAUUGCCAAAAUUAAAAAGAUCAGAGCAACAACUAGAAAUAAUUGUGCAUAUAACAACGCAUAUUAGGAGCGGUCAAACAAAAUACUAUCUGAGAAUAGCAUAGUAACAGACAAAUUAUCACAAAUGAACAAAGCACUAUCUUUUGUUCGUGUGACACCAAAGGAAAUGACCAAAGCACUACCUUUUGUUCGUUUGUGAUUAUCUGUCUGUUACUCUGUUGUUCUCGGAUAAUAUUUUGUUCGACCGCUUCUACUAUGCAUUGUUAUAUGACCAGUUAUUUGUAGUUGUUCUGAUGCUCUUAAUUUUUGGCAAUUUCGUCACUUUUUUUGUAGGAUUCUUGCUCAGUCAUCAAAACUCUAGCUCGAAAUGGAGGUAAUCAUGUCAUCUCCUGUUCAUGAGGUAAUCAUGUCAUCUCUUGUUCACGAGUCUUCAAGUAUGGAAAAUGAAGGAAGUAACGGGGCUGACAAGCUGAGUAAAUUAAAAAAAAAGCGUAGACCAAAAUGGAAUAGAAUACUGAGAAAUAGAAAAAAAGAAAAUAGAAUACAAGUCUAUGUGGUCUAUGUAUAACACGGUGAUCUCAGAUAGUAUUUCAAAUCCUGAUACAAAUGCAGUCUCAAAAGGAGUAGAGGACACAAAAGCAACCAAUGACAGGACUAAACUUGAUAAAUAUGCAUCAAAAAAGAGAGAAGAAAAAAAGAAAAAAAAAAAUACAACAUUGAGCACACAUACACAAGACAUGGUAAUUAUAAACAAAAACUCCACUAAAAAUCUAGGGGGAUUGCUGGAAGUAGUGGUGCUGUUAAGCUGAACUCUAGAAAAAAGAACAAGUUAAGACAAAGACAGUAAAAAAAAAUUUACAAAUUGUUUGUUAAAGGUAUUAUGAAGCAACAAAUUGAUCAGAAGUAAGCAGAAUCAAGUACGAUGAUAUCAGAUAAUAUUGCACAUUCUGAUGCAAAUAUUGUGUCAAAAGGAGAAGAUGAUAGAAAAUAUAUCAGUAGUGAAGUUGGUUUAGUUACUACUGCAACAUACAAUAGGAAUGCAGUGUGUAACUAGAGAAAACAUGGAAUAUUCAAUCACCGGUCAACGGGAUCUCAAACACAAGUGAAAGCACAUUUAAAUAAAAAAACUCCUUAUAUUAGAUGUAAACUGUGUACUAGCACAUGUUGUCCGUGGAAAAAUUAACGGGAGCAGAUCAUCAUACUUCAAAUGAUUCAAUAUUCAAGAGACCCCAUCUGGAUAGUUUUUGGGAAUUUUGUUUUGAGAGAUUCAAUGUUGACAUCAGGUCUACAAAAUACAAAAUAAAUGUUCUCGCAGUUGUUGAAUUUUUGUUGCCAAAUUUCAACGAGAAACUACUUUUUAUUUGGGAUGUUUCAAGAUGCACGAAAACUAAGAUGAAUACCAUUGAUAAUAAUAAGAAGCCAAUUGAAUUCAAGUAUCUGGGAAAAUUUUGGGAGUCAAAUGGUCCUUAUAAGUCUUGGAUCAAAGGAGAUUUUAAUAAAUUAAAUACAUUAUUGGUUGAUGAUUCUCCAUUAAAAUCCUCAACCAUUUUCCAGCUGUAUGAUGGGUUUUAUGGAGAUAAAAGUCAAAGAGUAAAAAGCACUCUUCAUUUCCUAAGACUUCUUCUUCUUUACCUUUCCUGCGAUUCUUCUUCACUAUUCCUGCGAUUCUUCUUCAUUCCAUCACUUCACAAUCCUUCAUCACUUAACAGAGUUUAAUUAUGCCAAAACGAAAGGCAAAACCAGAUAUCACUUGGGGACAUUGUACUAGAGUUAGAUUGCAAUAUAACUAUUGCAAUAAUUUUUUUAGAGGAGUAUUUAGAAUGAAGAAUCAUCUUGCUGAAACAAAAACAGAUGCUUCUGUUUGCAAGGUGGUUGAUGAAGCUACACAAGAACUUUUCAAAAAAUUAUUGAGGGAUUUUGAGGAAAAAAAGUCUAAGGCAAUGGAUGAUGAAUGUUUUGAAGUUGAGAGUGACAGGAACGGGACUGUGAAAUCGGUUUUGAAUAAAGGAAAACAAAAAACAAUGAAUCAAGCAUUGAAGGAUAGAGAGCCCGUAACUCGAGCUUUAUGUUGACUUUUAUAUGGUGAAGCGUUGCUAUUUAACUUGAUGAAGUCUCCAUUAUGGAAAAAAGCUUUGAGACUCGUAGGGGAAUAUGGGAAUUGAUUGAAACUUCCUUCAUAUCAUGAGGCGAGAGUAGCAUACCUAAAUAAAGAAGUGAAUGUGUUGAAAAAGGGUUGAAUAAGUACACGGAAGAGUGGAAGAAAAUGGGGUACACUCUUAUGUCCGACGGUUGGACGGAUGGAAAACGAAGGUCUAUCACAAAUUUUCUUGUGAAUAGUCCAGGUGACACUGUAUUUGUGAAAUCAAUUGACACAUCUUCGUUUGCUAAAGAUGCAAAUAAGUUAUUUGAAAUGCUUAAUUCAAUUGUUGAAGAAAAUUGGGGAGGAGAAUGUGGUUCAAGCCGUCACCGAUAGUGUUUCGGCUUAUGUGUUAGCCGGUUCAAUGUUGGAGCAAGAGAGACCUCGUUUAUAUUGGUCACUGUGUUCUUCCCGUUUGAUGGACUUGAUGUUGCAAGACAUAGGUUGUGGAAAAACAUUCAAAGACACUUUAGAUAAAGCACGAAAAGUAACCGUUUAUAUUUAUAACAUUGUGUUUUGUUAUCCAUGUUUAGAAGGUUCACGGUGGUCAAGAAUUAACACGAGCCGGAGUAACAUGCUUUGCUACAUCUUUUCUUACAUUGAAAAUAUUUCAAGAGUUAAAACAUCCUAUUCACAAUUGUUUGCUUCUAAUGAAUGGGCCGAAUCCACCUUUGCUUCUAAAGAUGAAGGGAAGUUAGUUGAAAGAAUUAUUUUGGUUGAUGUCAACUUUUGGAAGGCUAUAAAAUAUUGUUUGAGUUGUGUAGUUCCUAUUUUUAAGGUAUUGAGACUUACGGAUGGUGAUGAGAAACCGGCA